AUGGCCGCGCGCCGCCGAACCCCUGACCUCGCCGCUGCCCCCACCCGCGGCCCCAACGCCGGGUUGAAUGGAGACCUGGGCGGGGAGUACAUUUCGCCCUUCCGCGUAAAUUCCCUCUAUCCCUCCCCCCAUCCCAACCGCCCAGCCACCCACCCACCCUAUCCGGCUCCCGCUCCCGAUCCCGUUCCCGUUCUCGUUCCCGUUCCCGUUCCCGUUCCCGUUCCCGUUCCCGUUCCCGUUCCCGUUCCCGUUCCCGUUCCCGUUCCCGUUCCCGUUCCCGUUCCCGUUCCCGUUCCCGUUCCCGUUCCCGUUCCCGUUCCCGUUCCCGUUCCCGUUCCCGUUCCCGUUCCCGUUCCCGUUCCCGUUCCCGUUCCCGUUCCCGUUCCCGUUCCCGUUCCCGUUCCCGUUCCCGUUCCCGUUCCCGUUCCCGUUCCCGUUCCCGUUCCCGUUCCCGUUCCCGUUCCCGUUCCCGUUCCCGUUCCCGUUCCCGUUCCCGUUCCCGUUCCCGUUCCCGUUCCCGUUCCCGUUCCCGUUCCCGUUCCCGUUCCCGUUCCCGUUCCCGUUCCCGUUCCCGUUCCCGUUCCCGUUCCCGUUCCCGUUCCCGUUCCCGUUCCCGUUCCCGUUCCCGUUCCCGUUCCCGUUCCCGUUCCCGUUCCCGUUCCCGUUCCCGUUCCCGUUCCCGUUCCCGUUCCCGUUCCCGUUCCCGUUCCCGUUCCCGUUCCCGUUCCCGUUCCCGUUCCCGUUCCCGUUCCCGUUCCCGUUCCCGUUCCCGUUCCCGUUCCCGCUCCCUCUCACGCUCCCUCUCACGCUCCCUCUCACGCUCCCCCUACCACACCCACACCCACACCCACACCCACACCCACACCCACACCCAAACCCACACUCGCACCCAUACCCGCACCCGCUAACGCUCCCACUCACGCUACCGCUUCAUGA